GAGAGAGAGCUAGUGUUUCAGACAAUCACCAUCUUGAAAUGGGUCAGGUUGUGUCAUCAAUUGAAGACACCGUAAGAAAAGAGGCAGAUAAACACAAGAACCUUCACUUGGUAGUGGUUGAAGGAAUCACUAAGCUAACGGCUGGAAAAAUUGAGAGCUGUGUGUCAUCGGAUUUCUAUGUUGGUGGUCUAAAAUGGAACAUCAUUCUCGUCCCAGUGGGGAAUAACUCCAUAUCCUUUGGUCUGAUGAUCAGUGACAGCAAGUGUGUUGGUUCUGAUUGGAAAGUCAGAUGCAACGUCAAACUUACCUUAUACUCUCAGCAUUCUUCAAUGCUUAAUCUAAACGAAACGCCUUCGGUUUGUUUCGAUGCAAACUGUAAGAAAAUAGAUGUAGCCUUCACGAGAAUACAUUCCUAUUUAGCACACGACAUAGCUGUUUUCUCUGCCACUGUCACAAAAGUCAAACCGAUAGGCCUCAACGUUACCAGCAUCCCUCGAACAAUGGGGACAGCAGAAAAAAUUAAACUGAUGGAGGUAGAGAAGAACAAGUCUAAAUUCACCUGGAAGAUUACUCACUUUUCCUCCUUCGUUGGUGAACAUCAUUCCUCGUACCAGUUCACGGUUGGACCACGGAGAUGGUUCCUACGGAUGUGCCCAAAAGGAACCUUAGAGGGGAAAGGAAAUUCAUUGUCUUUGUUUUUGCAUGCGUCCGAUUACGUUACCAGCCCAAACACAAAUACAUUGGCUGUCUAUAAACUGCGAGUGUUGGACCAAAUCAAACGCAAUCACCAUGAAAUAGACCAGCAGUUCUGGUUUGGCUCUGAUGAUCAUGAGGGAGAACCCAAGUUUUUGGCGCUGGACAAACUGCAUAAGGCUUCAAACGGAUUUCUGGUGAACGAUCAGAUAUAUAUCAAUAUUGAGUUCUUAUAUGUCGCCACUUCUGAGAAUAUGCUCUGAUUGGUAUCAAUGGAUUCGAUCAAAAGACCACAAGAAUAAACAGCUCCUGUAGAGGAACUUAUUAUUAUGCUGCUUUGCAUAUAUAUCAUGGUGUGUUUAGAUAUGCAAAAUUAAAACGAUAAAAUUGGUUGCUUGUACUGUCUGUCACGAUAACAUUCAACCGAAUCUGAUGCUAUGUCUAAUGUCUUAAGUAUUUACUUAAGGAGGAAGCUGCAUUACAUCUCUAGACUUAGAGCAAAGCAACAGGCAACAAGUGCAUAACAUCUCACUAUUUAACAAUUAAAAAAAAGUAUCUACAAAAAUUCUGCCUUAUUUUCUUCUUAGUAUUCAAUAUAAAAUAUUAAAAUAAUAUCUAAUUUUCACAUUUAAACCUAACUAAAU